UACUUAUAAAAAAAAAAUAUAUAAAAAACGCCAUUUUUGUGAGGGCAACAUAUUCGAUUUCCCCAUUCAACAAAACGCAGACUGGUACACCCAACAUGGCCGCACAUUCGGUCGCUCAGUGAAUCAUUUCCUGAUUUGACUACUUGUGUCUUAAAUACUGUGUCAGCAGCUGCUGUUCACGCUAAAUAUUCUCACUUUUCUAUGCCCGUAAACAAUGACAUUUAAUGACAAGCACUUAAGCACUUUCUCUCCAUAUCGUUAAGUAUCUCUAAUGCGCACACUGUGGACUUUUACACGCGUGAUGUUUGGAGCGCGUUCAUGUAUGUGAGUCCAGAGGAAGUGUUACGUGCUAUCAGUUCCUCACAAGACCGCAUGAGGGCGAUAGAAGUGCCUCAAAGAAGUUGGUGUGUCAUAUCAGCCCUGCUGAGGGCAGCGAAAGCCCACUGUUUGGGGGUCUGUAUGCAGCUGGAAGAUCUGAUGCAGGAUCUGAGAGUGAUGACUGGAGACAUUAUAGAAGGUGAUAGACGUGGGUUCAGGGAAAGGCUACCUGUGCUCCUCUCUGUCCAUGCGGUUCAACCUGCAAGUGUUCGGAUCGACUCCUCCAGCUCCAACACACAUGGAGCUCAGGAGAGGAACAGGAAAUUGAAGAAGUUCUCCAAAGCAUAUCAGAAACUGGACAGAGCCACUAAGAAACAACCUUUGGACAGUGAGGAUGGGAGUAAACAACACUGCAGAAACUCUGAAAACAGUGAUGGCCACAAAAACUUUAUUACUAAGGAAAAGGAAAGUUUUGGGGCUCAACUAGAAACCAGUGCUUUAUCAAAACAAGUCACCAAUGAUUUAUCCACUUCAGAUAAUGCUGCAGAAUGUCCAUUAGACCCAAAUGAUUCAGAUUCAGGAAGCAGCUUCCUCAGUAUGCUGUCUCUGGACGUCAUAGAGAACGUCUCUCCCCGCGUCCACCCCAGCCUGCUGAGUCUGGAGGAAAGAGAGAAGAGAAAGAGAGAAUAUGCAGAGGAAAGCUCGAGAAGAGAAGAGAGGGGGAACGACAGAGACAGCAACCUGUUUUCCCCUUUGACCUCAUAUAUCAGUGCAGAAACUGAGCUCAAGACACUGAUCACAGAGCUGGAGGAUGCAGUUCUGGUUGGUCUGCAUACAUGUGGAGAUUUGGCCCCCAGCACUCUGCGGAUGUUCAGGGCCAAACAGGAGCUGUGUGCUGUUUGCAGUGUGAGCUGCUGCUACACCUGCUCUCUGAAGAGUUUGAUCAGGACAGACAGGGGACAGAAGUCUGAAGCAGAGCAUUACUUCCUGAAGGCAAUAGAGCUGGAUCCUGCUAGAGGAAACUGCUAUAUGCAUUACAGUACAAUCUGAUUUCCUUUCUGAUUGAUUUGAUUCCCUUCUAAUUUGUUUAAUAAAGUGCUCAAAUGCACUUGACAUUUUAUUUGAUAGUGUC